UUUUCACUUAUUUUUCUCUUUUACUUGCAUCUUUGUUUACUCUGCUUUAUUUAAUGUUUUAAUUAUCUUAAUUAUUUUCGUAGAAAGUUUAAAAAAUAUGCACAUUUAUUAAUUUCCAUUUUCUAUAAUUUCCUUUUCACUAUACUUGGCGUCAUCUUCUUCACUCAAUUUCAGCUGAACUUCCAAUAGCAAUUAUAGCUUAAUCAUCAGCCAUGUCAUCUCUCCCCGGCCCCACCAAUCCCUUCCCCUUGUCGUUCAGCCGGCCGAACCACGCCCAAUCCCGGAUCAGUGUCAGCAUGAAACCCGACCCGAAGCCGUCAAAUGCCGGUAGAAACAUGGUCACUACGGCUGAGAGGAGAUUGGGGCAAGCCAAGAUGAAGGAGGUGGAAAAUCGAGAGAGGAAGGAGGAAACCAACAGGAAGAUAGCGUCGAAAAAGGCCAUUUCGAUUAUUCUCAGGAGAGAAGCUACGAAAGCGGUGAUCGAGAAGAAGAAAGGGGGAUCCAAGAGGCUGUUGCCGAAAUCUGUUCUCGAUGCCCUUCAUGAGAGGAUCACUGCUUUGCGUUGGGAGUCUGCUCUCAAGGUUUUUGAACUCCUGCGCGAGCAAGUCUGGUACAAGCCGUACGCUGGUAUAUAUGUGAAGCUCAUCACCAUGCUCGGAAAAUGUAAGCAACCCGAGAUAGCUCAUACCUUGUUUCAGGCAAUGAUUGAUGAAGGGUGUGUGGCGGACCGAGAAGCUUACACUGCUCUUAUGUCUGCCUACAGCCGGAGUGGCCUUUUCGAUAGAGCGUAUUCCAUUCUCGACCAGAUGAAGAAGAUCCCUGACUGUCAACCCGAUGUGUACACUUACUCCAUCCUCAUAAAGUCUUGCCUGCACGUUUAUGACUUUGACGCAGUUGACUCUCUCCUCUCGGAAAUGGAAAUGCACGGGAUCAGACCAUCCACGGUCACGUAUAAUACUCUCAUCGAUGCGUAUGGAAAAGCGAAGAAGUUCGUAGAGAUGGAAUCCGUGCUCGUGCAGAUGCUCAGGCAGCCGCACUGCGAACCCGACGUCUGGACCAUGAACUCGACGCUCAGGGCUUUCGGGGGCAGCGGGCAGAUAGAUAUGAUGGAGAAGUGCUACGACAAGUUCCAGAAAGCCGGAAUCGACCCCACCAUCAAGACAUUCAACAUCCUCCUCGACGCCUACGGCAAAACGGAGAACUACGAGAAGAUGAGCGCCGUGAUGCAGUACAUGCAGCGGUACCACUACACCUGGACGCUCGUCACCUACAACAUCGUCAUCGAUGCGUUCGGGAGAGGCGGUGACGUCAAGCAGAUGGAGUUCUUGUUCCGGCUGAUGCAAUCCGAGAGGAUCAAGCCCAACUGUGUGACUCUGUGUUCGCUCGUGCGAGCCUAUGGGAACGCAGGGAAGCUCGAAAAGAUCGCGGCUGUUCUGCGCUUCAUCGAGAACUCCGACGUCACCCUCGAUACUGUGUUCUUCAACUGCUUGAUCGACGCCUACGGCCUGAUGGGAUGCAUCGCAGAGAUGAAGGGGGUGACCGAGAUGAUGAAGAGGCGGGGCUGCAAACUCGAUAAGGUCACGUAUCGAACGAUGAUCAAGGCGUUCUCGAUGAACGGGAUGACGGGACAUGCCAAGGAGCUUCAGAAAGAGCUCCGUUCGAUGUAGAUGAGCGUUUACUUUGGAUGAUAAUUGAUUUCAAAAUGUAGUUAAAUAUAUGUAGUAGCAUCAUAUUUUGGAGGAUUGUAUAUAAAUUGAGCUACAUAUUUAAUUUUCAAUAUCGUAUAUUAUCA